CUCAGUUCAAAAAUCAGCACCCUCCGGAAAGGUUCACUGCUCCGAGAGACAUAGUCCGACUGAAGGCAGAUUUGUAAGUUAUCGUAGUGACUCUGUUUGGCGCAGUGGAACGCAAGUUUGUUUCAAAAUUAUACUUGGAUCGGAGAAAAGUGAAUCAUGUAUUCCAACCCGAAGUACAAAUACAACAUGCUCAACUUGGCGGUUGAGACGAACGACUGGGCUGGAGUGGAGGCUUUGCUUUCGAAGUAUCCGUCGCAUGUAAACCUGGCACUGGAGGACGGAAGGACGCCGCUGCAUACCGCAAUCGCCAAAAACAACAUCGAGAUGAUGAAAAUCCUGCUACAUCACAAGGCGAGCGUCAAUCGGGACCCAAGUCGGAGAACAGAAACGCCCUCACCGCUGUGGUUAGCGAUGCUCCAGUGGCAUGACCACCAAGCGGCCGAAUUGCUGAUUCGCUGGGGCGCCGACGUGAACGAGCGGUGUGAUACCAGCCUGAUAAACGGUGAGGCGCAGCAGUACUACGACUACGACGCGCAGACGACGUUCUUGCACGUGGCGGUGCACCGGCUCGACGCGUCCCUGGCCCGGCUGCUCAUGGACCACGGCGCCGAUCUCUCGGCGAGGAACGCCAAGGACCGGACGGCCCUGUUCGUCGCCCUCGUCGGCGGCUGUCCGGCCGACCUGGUGCUCGAGAUGCUGAACCGCGGCACCCGACACGAGCUCGCGCAUGCCGACAACAUGCAGCGCACCUAUCUGCACUCGGUCAUUGGCGCGGGCCAUGAGGAGCUGACGGAGCUGCUACUGGCACAGCCCGAGGUCGACACGACCCUGCUGCACUACACCGGGAAGACGAUGCUGCACUUCGCCGCGGAUGCCCGCUCGGAGAGCGUGAGUACCGCCAGGUGGCUACUGGAGAGGCGUGUCCCGCUCGACGCCAGGGACAGGAUCUUCCAGAACUCGCCGCUGCACAGCACGCUGCGGACCGGCAAGUCGGCAAUGGCGAAGCUGCUAAUUGAGCGGGGAGCCGACGUGAACGCGAGAAACGGCGACGGCCUCCGCCCGCUGCACCUGGCAGUGACGGGGCGCUGCAGCCUGGACGCGUUGGAGCUGCUCCUCGCCAAGGGCGCCGAGCUGCAGCAGCCGACGCCGUCGGGCCAGACGGCUCUGCACCUCGCGUGCAACGAGGGCCGAGAGGAGGGAAUCAAAACUCUGCUCCUGCGCGGCGCAGACCCGCUCGCGAAGGACGACGUCGGCCGUACGCCCUUCCAAAUGAUAAAGCGGCAGGCGACCGGGGCCACCUGGCAGAUGAUCAGGCGUCUGGCCGCGCUAAGGAUGGUCGAAGGCAGGCAGAUCGACGAGCAGGACGAGCGGCUGAUCGACAGGACGUCCUACAUGCAGGAGCACUACAUAGCCUGCAAGCGGGAGCUGCAGAGGAUGAGGAAGUUCAAGGUCUACAACGACGUGACGCUGUUCUUCAUCUUCGCGGCGAGCGAUGAGAGACUGGGCAUGCUCAUGAGGAACGAGGAGUUUCUGGCCUCCUUCCAGGCGCGCUACGUCGACCAACAGUACAAUAGCUACAACGACUACAUCUCAGCGAAGUUCGAGAGGGCUGAGAAGAAGCUGCGCUGGAUUUGCGCGGUCGAAAGUCACCUAUGCGAGAUUUUCUCGGCCCAUCUGACUUACGCCGCCAUAGAGAAUCUGGCAAAGUUCGUUUCUGUGAAGGAUUUGCCUGGUUGUAAAUUGUAGAUACGUACUAAUUUUAUACGUUUUAUGUAUACCUAAAUUGCGCGGCUACACGAAAAAAAAAGUGGACCUGGGGGACACCGGCGCUUGUGUGCAGAAUCAGAAAAGCUGAAUAAUGCCGAUACAGCGCAUACGCGUGCCAUUAGGGCUAGUCUAGGCGCAGAGCACUUACCGUCGGACUUGAAUGGCUAGUAGAUCACCAACGUUCUUUCUAUGUAUUUUUGCCUCCCGAACACGAAUUUCGAGGGUUAAAUGCCCAAAAGUGAUCAGGUAAUUUUUAUUAACAAAUUAAUUGUUAAUAUUUAAUAAAAUUAUAUUAUUUCGAACCAGGAAACAUUUU